GUGCCAGCCAGAGGUCUGGUGUCCUCUCUGAUCCCGCCAUCGUGAGCAUGCAGAAGAACGCCCCUACUGUCGCUACUAACGGUAUGCAGCGUCAACGUGGCUACUACAACAACAACCGUGGUGGUUACGGUAAGGGUUAUGGUAAGGGUUACAACAACUACGGUGGUAAGGGUUAUGGCAAGGGCUACAACUACGGCUAUCGUAAUAGACAUCAGAACAGGAACAGAAGGUCCGGUCCCUCUGGCCCUGUCGGUGAGCUUGUCCCCAACGAGAACCCUGAAGCUAAGGCCGAGGUGAAGGAGGAGUUUGAUCUUGCUGCUUCCGCUGAGAAGUUGGAGAAGCCUGACGAGUCUGCCAUCAGUACUGCUGGUACGACUGUUAGGACUGGCUAUGACAAGACUAAGGGAUUCUUUGAUGAUAUCUCUUGUGAUGCCUUGGAUCGGAACGGUAUCCCUUCGUUCGACCCUACUCGUCGUGAGAAGCUUCGUGAGGCCGACAAGGAGACUUUCGGUUCAAUGGCCCUCCAGCGUAGGCCCUUUGGUGGCAAUGUUAGGCGUAUGAGACCCAACAACAGGAACAGAAGAUAUUAG